UUCGCUUGUUUGCCCUUACAGGGACUGGACCACAGACCUCCUACAUGCUAGCGAGAGCACUACACUAAGUCAGAACCUGCAGCUUUGGGAGGAAACAUUUUUUCUUUAAGACUUGUUUUUAUUUUAUGUAUAUGGCUGUUUUGAUUACAUACAUGUCUGUGUACCACAUGUGUGCCUGGUGCCUACGGAGGUCAGAAGCGGGGACUGGGUCCUUCGGAACUGGAGUCACAGAUAGGGCUAGAAAUUGAAUCUGGGUCCUCUGAAAGAGCAGACGGUGCUCACAACCUCAGAGCCACCUCUCCAGUCCCCAAGAAAAUAUUCAUGUAGUACUAUCCUAACAUUUUCUUCAAAAAACAAUUUUUUUUUUGAGACAAGGUCUCAUGUAGCCCAGGUCACCCUAGAACUUGCUUUGUAGCUAAGGAUGACCUUGAAUGCCAUCAAGGAGAGCAGCCUUCAAUUUAUGAUCAUCAAUAUUCCAAAUACCAGGAUUACACAGCGCAUUACCUCAUUACACGGCGCAUUACCUCAUCCAGCAAAGUCAACUUCCUAUUGUUUUGUGAUGCUGGGGACUGACUGAACCAGGGUCUUUCAGACACUAAGCACGUGCUGGGCCGAUAAAUCCUCUCAACACACUUUUUCAAAACUUAAAGUCUUUUUUUUUCCCCUUUGGAGACAGAGUCUCACCAUAUAAUUCUGGCUGGCCUGGAGCUUACUAGGUAGACCACACUGGUCUGAAACUCACACAGAUCCGCCUGCCUGUGUCUCCUGAGUGCUGGGAUUAAAGGGGUGCGCCACCAAGCCCAGCUUUCAAAAUAAUUUUAAAGAGUGAAGCCUCAGGCUGGAGAGAUGGCUCAGCGGUUAGAGCACUGACUGCUCUUCCAGAGGUCCUGAGUUCAAUUCCCAGCAACCACAUGGUGGCUCACAACCAUCUGUAAUGGGAUCCGAUGCCCUCUUCUGGUGUGUCUGAAGACAGCUACAGUGUACUCACACAAAAACUAAAACCAAAAAGUCCCACAGGCUUUAAAAAGGAAAAACCACUUCUAGUGAGUACCAAUGUAUUGAAAAUGCAGGGACUACAGGACACAGAGACUUCAUCAAGAACAUGAUUACGGGCACAUCUCAGGCUGACUGCGCUGUCCUGAUUGUUGCUGCUGGUGUUGGGGAAUUUGAAGCUGGUAUCUCCAAGAACGGGCAGACCCGUGAGCAUGCUCUUCUGGCUUACACUUUGGGUGUGAAACAGCUAAUUGUUGGUGUCAACAAAAUGGAUUCCACCGAGCCACCAUACAGUCAGAAGAGAUACGAGGAAAUCGUUAAGGAAGUCAGCACCUACAUUAAGAAAAUUGGCUACAACCCUGACACAGUAGCAUUUGUGCCAAUUUCUGGUUGGAAUGGUGACAACAUGCUGGAGCCAAGUGCUAAUAUGCCGUGGUUCAAGGGAUGGAAAGUCACCCGCAAAGAUGGCAGUGCCAGUGGCACCACGCUGCUGGAAGCUUUGGACUGCAUUCUGCCGCCAACUCGUCCAACUGACAAGCCUCUGCGACUGCCCCUCCAGGAUGUCUAUAAAAUUGGCGGCAUUGGCACUGUCCCUGUGGGCCGAGUGGAAACUGGUGUUCUCAAACCUGGUAUGGUGGUUACCUUUGCUCCAGUCAAUGUAACAACUGAAGUCAAGUCUGUGGAAAUGCACCAUGAAGCUUUGAGUGAAGCUCUGCCUGGGGACAAUGUAGGCUUCAACGUAAAGAACGUGUCUGUCAAAGACGUUAGACGUGACAAUGUUGCUGGGGACAGCAAAAAUGACCCACCAAUGGAAGCAGCUGGCUUCACUGCUCAGGUGAUUAUCCUGAACCAUCCAGGCCAGAUCAGUGCUGGCUAUGCCCCUGUUCUGGACUGCCACACGGCCCACAUAGCAUGCAAGUUUGCCGAGCUUAAAGAGAAGAUCGAUCGUCGUUCUGGUAAGAAGCUGGAAGCUGGCCCCAAAUUCUUGAAGUCUGGUGAUGCUGCCAUUGUUGACAUGGUCCCUGGCAAGCCCAUGUGUGUUGAAAGCUUCUCUGACUACCCUCCACUUGGUCGUUUUGCUGUUCGUGACAUGAGGCAGACAGUUGCUGUGGGUGUCAUCAAAGCCGUGGACAAGAAGGCUGCAGGAGCUGGCAAAGUCACCAAGUCUGCCCAGAAAGCUCAGAAGGCUAAAUGAAUAUUAUCCCUAACACCUGCCACCCCAGUCUUAAUCAGUGGUGGAAGAACGGUCUCAGAACUGUUUGUCUCAAUUGGCCAUUUAAGUUUAAUAGUAAAAGACUGGUUAAUGAUAACAAUGCAUCGUAAAACCUUCAGAAGGAAAGAAUGUUUUGUGGACCAUUUUUUUUUGUGUGUGGCAGUUUUAAGUUAUUAGUUUUCAAAAUCAGUACUUUUUAAUGGAAACAACUUGACCAAAAAUCUGUCACAGAAUUUUGAGACCAUUAAAACAAGUUUAAUGAGAAAAAAAAAAAAAAAAAAAAAAAGAAAA